CAAGGUAAUGCUCACAUAAUUUUUAAAUGCAGUGAUUAAGGAACGAUAACGAUAAUAUAAGAUUUGCAAAUAUUAUAAAGAGAAAUGUUUUAAAAAAUUAACAAAAUAAAAUUUGCAAAAAAUGUCAUCCGCUAUAUAUUUGGAAAAUUAUUUAGAUGUCUUAUCCAAUAUAGGAUUAGAGUCACUGCCAACAGAAUUAGAAAGAAAUUUCAAAUUAAUGCGUAAAUUAGACGACAGAGCCCAAACUGCAAUGAAGAGCAUCGAUAGUCGGGCUAAAGAGUUUAUGCGCAAAUUGGCAGACACUUCAUGUACCAUGACCGAGGAAGAGCGCAAAAAAUGUCUCUCUGAUAUACAACAAUUAUUUGGUAAAGCCAAAGAAUAUAGUGAUGAUAAAGUGCAAUUAGCUAUACAAACUUAUGAGUUGGUCGACAAACAAAUAAGACGUUUAGACAAUGAUUUGGCACGGUUCGAAGGAGAAAUACAAGAGAAGGCAUUAUCCACCCGCAGCAAAUCGGAAGAAGCACAAGUUAAAAAAGGACGUAAAAAGACUAAAGACACCAAGGCAACAGGUAAAAGAAAGCGAGCCGCUUCUUCUGAAGAUGAGGCGAAUGCUAACACUGCUACCACUGCAACAACAAUCAGUGGGCAAGGUAGCAAAAAGAAAAAGCAGAAGGUAAAUCAAGAAAAAGAAUCACGCAAGGGGGGUCAAAAGAAAAAUAUUGAUUUAGACGAUUCUGAAAAGGAAUCUUGUCAUACUGCAGCUACACAUCCCAGUGAUGUUUUGGAUAUGCCGGUUGAUCCAAAUGAACCCACAUAUUGUUUAUGCCAUCAAGUUUCUUACGGUGAAAUGAUAGGAUGCGAUAAUCCAGAUUGUCCCAUUGAAUGGUUUCAUUUCGCUUGUGUCGGUCUUACAACGAAACCGAAGGGAAAAUGGUUCUGCCCAAAAUGUACGCAAGAUCGAAAGAAAAAAUAAUUUUUUUUUUCUUUUUAUUUACAAAAAAUUUAAAUAUUUCUAUAGAUGGUAAGACAAAAAAAAAAACUUUUUAUAAGCACUAUUUUUUUAAGAUUUUUAUAUGGCUUUUAAAAAGCAAGAUUCUAGGUUAAGUAAAAUAAAACUUAAAUAAUUGUAUAUCACCCCAGCUGUGACGGUUACACUAAUGCGGUUAUUUUUAAAAAGUAUUUUUCACAUAUAUACAAAAAUCAAGGCAUGUUAUGUUGUCAAUAUUGUAAAUGUAUUAAAUUUGUUUUGAAAAUUUUAGCUUCACAUUUAUGUUUUCACGCCUUAAGAUGGAUGUCAUGUGUUUCCUAAUUUUUUAUUUUUUUUUUUGCUUUAUAUUUACGUCUGUCAAAACAUUUGCGUAGUUGACCGUCCUAAAGUGCAAAUCUCCUUUUAAAUGUACACAUGGAAAAACAUAAUCAAUCAUUCGUCUAGUAUUUCUUUUUCAUUUGUUGAAUAUUUUCAAAAUUUUAUUGCCACUAAAAGUCUAAAAUAAA